AUGCACGCCGCGGCGGAACGCACCCACGCGCAGCAAUGGUCGCUCUCGUCUGCCUCCUCCGCGCGACUCCCGCGCAUUGCCAACCCUCCGCGCCUUUCCGAACCUCCACGCGUUUCCAAACCUUCGCGCUUGAAAGACCCGCCCCGCCGAACUGCCGCUCCGCCGUCCGCGCCGUCCGCCACUUCCGCGCCAUCCGGCGGCGGGGACUCCGCACCAGCCCCGCGUCCCCUUACGGCGCAGAGCACGGCGGAGAGGGGCGUGCGGGCGGUGUACGAGGCGCUGUCGGCGCGCGAGAGGCGCAAGUUGCGCGCCGCGCUGUUCCCCCUACGAGCGCGCGCGGCGGAGUCGGCGAGCGCGGUGUGGCAGGCGAGCUGGGGGGUGGUGGCGCGCCUCGUUGCUGCGGAGUUGGUGCGCGCAGCCCCACGUGCUCGCGCCUCCCCACACCACUCACCCCCUCUCUCUUUCCCUACCUCUACCCCCACCUUUCUUUCCCCACAUUCUCCCCCCCAGUUCUCUCACUCCACUUCUUUCCCCCCACCUUUCUCCUCUCACCUCUCUCCCCGCACUUCUCCCCACCUGUCUCCCGCCACCACUCUCCCUCCUUCUCCCCACUCCACGUUACUCCCCACCUCCGCACCACACCACCCUCCUGCUGCCCGUCGCCUCCCCUUGUUCAGCCCCUCCCACUAUCCACCCUCUCCUCUUCUUCCUCUCCCCCCUCCACCCUGCUCGAUGAGAAGGUCUGAGCCCAACCCCUUCCCUCCUUCCCCCCCCAACCAUCGCCCCUCUCCCCACCUCCCCUCCCCGCAUCCCUCUCCGCCUCCCCCUUUCCAGAGUGAACCGGGCACAGGGGAGGAAGGAGGGGGGGAACGGGCGGGAGGCCGCAGAGGAGCGGGUUGUAAUGCGGAAGCACAGGGGGUUGGGGAGAGAGGACGAAAGGAGGCAAGACAGCAGCGAAUGGAAGAGCAGAAGCAGGUGUUCUGUGUGGUGGAGGUGCUUUCCGAAGGAGUGGUGAGGGCGGGGAGAGGCGCAGUGGCGGCGGGGGAGGUGGAGGAGCUGGUGUGGGCGGCCUUCGUGAAGAGCCACGAGGCUGUGCUCACCCCGGAGCACUGGAGCAGUUUCGUCCCUCUGCUGCUCAAACUGGUGGCGAGGCACGGAGCGCUGCUAUUGGGCAAGCGCAGCAACGGGCAGCUGGCAAAGAACAUGACGCACUGGCUGCUGCACUGCGCUGUCUUCGCUGCCCACGCUGCCGUGAGGGAGAGGGCGCUCGUGGGGCUGCUGCUCCUCAUCGCCGUCCGUAUGCAGCGCUGUCCCUGUCGCAACCCGCUCACUCCCACCCACCCAUGGGCAGCAUCCAUUGCAUUGCACAAAGCUGACUCAGUGAGGGAGAGUGGGACAGUCGCUGCCAUCACCGUCUCCCUCACUCUCUCCUCCAUCGACCUCCUCACUCGCCCCUGCACUCCCCUCUACCCUCCUCACUCCCCUUCCUCGAUCCUCCCCCUCUCUCCCCCCUCUCCCGACUCGCCCGUCCCCACUCAUCCUGCUGUGGAGUUCAUCCAACCCACUCAACCCACUCAACCCACUCACCCCACUCUUCCUGCUCACACCGCUCUCAAGCCUCCUCCCACAUGGAAAGGAGGGGCGCUCACAGCAGGUGGUGCUGCUGAUGGUGCUUUUGCUCCUCACGGUGAUUAUCAGCAGCAUCAACGGCAUCGCCGCUCCUUCUCUCUUGCUCCUGACGCUCUCAGCAGCCACACAGCAGCAUCGUUCUCCCCUUUGCCCCCUCCUCCUGGCUCUGCCGCCGCCACCGCUGCUGCUGCCGCUGGCACUGCCUCUGCAACCGCUCACAACCCCCUUCAACACCUCAACAACAGUAGCAGCAACAGUGGUGCACUGCACGCAGCACACGCACACACGCGAUCCCACAGCCACGGAGGCGGGCUGCUGCUACCCCCCUCACAUCACGCCCAGCGGCCGCGAGUAGGACGCGCGCGAGCGGGCAGCGUGGGGGGCUGGGCUGACCUGACCACGCAUGCCCUUCCUGGGUCAAGCGAGCGACACUGGUUUGAUCACGAGGGGCACAGCCCGAGCUCCAACGACAGGCAUGGCCCUUCCACCGCCCGCAGCACGCACAGCCAAGGCAUGACGAGGGGUAAGGGGAGUGAUUGGCAGCAUGGGGGAGAGGGGAGAGCAGAGGGACGAGGAGGAGGAAGGGGAGGCAAGGCGGAGCAAGAGCAGGAGCAAGAGAAGGAGCAGCAGCAAUCUUCCCUGUGGCCUUCCUCUGAUGAUCCCUCCGGCCCUCUUGCCUGCGUGGCCCUCGCUGCCUCUGACCCCCUCCGCCCCGCUUCUGGCGUCUCCUCUUUCACCCCCUCCUGGGACCCCUCCUCGCUACCUUUCUCCUGCCCGGCCUCCUUGGAAUCUGCUUACUCUGCCGCCUGCCCGCCUACUAUGGCGCCUGCUCCUGCUACAAUACCAGCUGUGGCCGAAUCCGUGCACCUUGGCUCGGCAGCGGUGUUGGAUCCGGCCGGUAUAGGUCCGGCAGGGCUGCCUGUAGACGAGCCCAGGACAGGUCCAGGGAGACCCGGGAUGUUUGGCAGACGAGGAACGGAAGGGUGGGGGAAAGGGAGGAUAGUAGAGGAGGGGAUGGAGGAUAUGAGUGAGAACUCUUGGGAAGAUGAACGGGGGAAUAGGGCUAUGAGGAGAGAUGGAGAAGGAGCAGGAGGGGAAGAAGCACAAGGACAAGGGUGGAGCAAGCAGCGCGAGUGGGACAAGGAGCAUGAUGAGCGGUUCAGAGCGGUGCUGAGGAUGGUGGGGUCGGGCACACAGGGCAGGAGGUUGCUGGGGGGCUUGGGGCUGGGCGAGCAGGUGCUGGCAGACCUGGCGAGGCGGUGGCGGUGGCGCGAGGUGAAGGCGCUCUCUGCCGUGCUGCGCCAUGCUGUGGAUGCAUGGCAGGAGCAUGGUGACAUGGCCAUGCUGCCACUUUGGACAACACACAUACGCUUUCUUUUUCACUCUCCCACUCCCUGGGCAGGCCAAGUCGCCAGCGCAGGACAGGCAGGCUCUUGCCUCUGCGUGCUCUCACGCGCCCAGAGCACUGCCUACGCCCCCUCCCCCUUGGAUCUCUCUCUCUCUCUCCUUCAGGCCAAAGUCCCAGUGUUGCUCCCGCCCACUCACUCCCUUCCCGGGCAGGCCAAGUCACCAGUGGUAGACAGGCAGGCGGUGGUGGAGGGCUACCUGCAGUGCGCCUCUGCCUGCUCGCACGUGCCCGACCUGCACCUGCUCUUCCUGCUGCGCCUCGCCCUCGCCCACCGCCACCUCGACCCCCUGGGAGGCGCGGCGGAGGCGGGGCAGUGCUGCGUGGCCGCUGCUGCUGUGGCGCUGCAGUACCUGCUCGCCCUCCGCCCCCACCCGCACCCACCCCGGGAUCACCCUAGCACAGAUGGUGGCGAGGGUGAUGAUGGUGCCAUCGGCGCCCGCAGUGUCACCACAAGCACCACCACCACCACCGCCACCAGCAGCAGCACCGCCACCACCAGUAGCACAGCCACGAUGGGUGCAGACACGAGAGGCAAUGAAGCAGUCGGCGAGGCAGUGGUGGCAGCGGGGUUGUUCUCUCGCGGUGGAGGGCAGCGCAGCAGCGGGGCCGUGUGGGGGCAGCAGCACGUGGCGGCGCUGGCCCGAGUGUGCCCCGACCUGCCCCUGCUCGCCCCGGGGCUGCUCCAAGCGGACACCAACCGAGCCACUGUGAGGAGCAAGAGGAGGAGCAAGGGGGGGCAGAAGAGCAGUGGUGGCAGCGGUGGGAGCGGAGAGGAGGAGGAGAGAGUGGUGGUGGCGGGGCGAGUGGCGGGGUUUCUGCAUGUCAACCCCCUCUUCAUUGCCUCUCUCCUCGAGGAAGCUUCCUCUCUCUUCGCCUUGGCCGGCCUGCAUUCUUUCGCCGUCCACCUGCAGGAGCUGCUGCUGCCCUUCUGGAAAGAGCAGGGAAACUUUUCCGCAGCUUCCCGCUGCCACCGGCGCUUAGCCGCCUCAUACCUGCUGCUGACUCAGAGGCCGGGGGGUGGCGGGGAGGAGGGGGUGAGGGAAGGCGGGUGCCAGCAGUCCCUCCAGUCGAGUGUGCACGGUGCGAGCUUCUUCCUGGUGGCCUUCUAUGGCGAGCGGUUUGGGCCGGGGUUCAACGGACGGCAGUUCGUGUACAAGGAGCCGCGAGGCACGGCAGCAGGGGACCUGGUGAGGCGGCUGAAGGGCAUCUACGCCCGCAUCCUGGGCAGCAGCACCUCGCUGCGCAUUAUCACAUCGCCCAUAGUCACGCCCGACGACCUGCGCAACUCACAGCUGUGCACCGUGCAGGUCGUGCCAGUCUACCCCACCCCAGUUGACCCUCCCCCAGGCCUGCCUGAGGGGGAGGAGGGGCUGAGGGAGGGCAAGGAGGGCGCGGCGAGGGGCGACCUGGACGAGCUGUUUGGCGCCAGCGGGGGCGGCAGCGGGCCUCUCAGGAGCUUUCAGUUCAGCAUGCCGCCUUCGGCUCUUGCAGCUGCUGCUGCUGCUGCAGUUGAGGGGCUGGUGGAAGGGGGGGGCGAGGGGAGAGCGGGGGAGGAGGUGAUGAGGCUGCUGGAGCUGGGAUUUGGGGGCGCUGCGGGGGCAGGCUAUGGCAUGGGCAGCGAGGGUGUGGGGGAUAUUUCCAGCGACAUUGUGAGUGGUACUGCAUUCGGGCGGGGGGCGGUGUUCCCUGUGUGGCGGCACCGCAUGGUGCUGACGGUGCAUGCGCGCUUCCCGUCCCUGCAGCUGCACCUGCCAGUCGUUGCCACCCACAGCAAGGAGGCGUCCCCUCUGGAGCUCGUAUUGGACGAGAGCGUGCAGUGGACCCGGCGCCUUACCCAACUGGUCGCCACGUGGCGCGCUAAGACUGGCCGGAGCUUGGAGGGAGAUGGUGGGAAGGACAGGGGAGGGGGAGGGGAGAGGAGGAGAGAGAGUGGUGUGCGAGGGUAUGAUUUGGAUGAGGAUGAUGUGUUGUGGGGGAUGGGCGGGAGGGGGCGGCGGGGGCGGCGGAGCGGGAGCAUUGGGGGAAAGGGAGAGAGGAGUGGGCUGUGGCGUGUGCUGCUGCAGGUGGCAGCGGCGAGCCUGGAUGCCAUGCACGAGGUGCGGGCGCUGCAGCUGCUGCGCUCCCUCAAGGAACGACCUGCUGGGGGCGGAGGGGGAGGAGGGAGUGAGGGCACAAACGAGGCAGGAGAGGCCUGUACAGACACGGGCACAGGGCUAGGGACAGAAAGAGUUAGAGGAGCAGAAGGAAGUGGAGAGGUGGGAGGUGCAGGCGAGGAGAGGAGAAGCGGGUCGCGGUGGGCGGAGGGUCUGGCGAGCCGGCAUGUGGCGCGGGCCAUGGGGGAGGUGGUGGCGGCGGCAGAGGCGGCACGGGAGGGCGUGGAGGGCGUGGGGAAGCCGAUGGCGCCGCUGCUGGCGUGGCUGGAAGACGCUGCUGACGCCACCCCGCCUGAGACCCUUGCUGCCCUCGCUAGGUACGGGCUGCUGGAUGGGGGAGGUGGAGGCGAGGGAGUGUGGGAGGCGAGGGGUGUAGAAGUUAGGUGCGGGGAUGAGGGUUCUUCUGCUGCUGCUGCAGCUGCAGAUGGUGCUGCUGAUGGCGAUGCCACUCCUUCCUGCGCUCAUCCCACGCCAAGGGAGCUGGCCCGAGCGAGAGAGCAGCGCGAGGCAGAGCGGGAGAUCGCAGCAGUGGCAGCGCUGGCAGCGGCGGCAGCAGCAGGAGGGGAGGAGGCGGUGCGAGUGGGCAACGCGCUGACGGACUAUGUGGAGGCGCUGAGUGCGGUGGUGCAGGCGCAUGAGAGGGAGAUGGGGUGGGGGGACGAGGAGGCACACGAGGAGGUGAAGGCGCGGGCCAAGGGGGUGAUGGAGGAGCUGUACCUGUACGUGCCUGGCAUACGACCAUGGGACCUGGUGUGA